GUGAACGAGGGAGGAGGGAGAUCACACAUUGACUCUUUGCUUUCCGCGAGGACUCUCCUCCAGUUGGAAGAAGCCGGGAAGAGAGAGGGACGCACUCAGACCUGGAGCUACAAAUAAAACCCAGAGGAAAACACACUUAAUUUCGUUCUUUUUCGGUUUGGGUACCCGGUGUUUUCCAGUGGAUUUUACGCAGCGCUAGAGUGGAGGGACGGCUGCAGAGAUGAGCGAUGCGCGGUGAAGGACCCCCUCUCCUGACACAGGGACCAAACCAGGCUGAUAUUUUCCCAAAGAAGAUUGCAAAGGUGGAGCAAUUAGAGAAGGGCUGAUGACGGGACUAUUAAUCAUUUCAGUGCAUCAAAAGCACCAACGGGAAUUAGAAACGCUUGGAUGGAAAUCGGGCGAGUGUUUAGAACUGUUUUUGGUUUUAUAUGAAACUGGUGAUUAGUUCAUCUGCGAGGACCUUUCUUAUUUCCCCUUAAAGAUUUUAAUAAGGAGUACAUUUCCCCCCCGGAAGGUUGCAUGGUACGAGCGGUUUCCCGGAGUGAAUUUUCAGAAACUCUCAACUCAAUCUCUUAUUUCUCUCUUCAAGUAUUCCUAAAUCUAAAUGGAAUUAGUUGAGUCUGAAGCCGCUUGUGAAAGGAACAGACAUGGUACAUGGGCACAGCUUCCAUCACGUUGUUGCAAGUCUUCUCAUACUCGGGUUGUCUGGGGCAACAAGGAAGGAUACAGCAGCGAAGAACAACUCGGGUGUGAAGCCUGCAGGUCAAUGUGGAACGUGGGUGAAGGAAGCAGAAGGAGGGAUCUUCACUUCUCCCAAUUACCCAAACAAAUACCCUCCGACUACAGAGUGUGUUUACAUCCUCGAAGCACCACCAAGGCAGUGUAUUGAUCUACACUUUGAGGAGAAUUAUUCAAUCGAGUCCUCUUGGGAAUGUAAAUUUGACAACAUCGAGGUUCGGGAUGGACCCUUUGGCUUCUCUCCGAUUCUGGGACGGUACUGCGGCCAGCACAGCCCGCCUGAUAUCAGGAGUAGCGGCCGAUAUCUGUGGAUAAAAUUUGUAACGGAUGGUGAACUGGAAGCCGUGGGAUUUUCAGCAAGUUACAACUUCACUGCAGGUACUUUAACUUUUUAUCCUCACUGCUCUUGUCGUGAUGCUUUAUGGCUCUAG